GAAGUUACAGUGCUGCCACCACGUAAAUCUUUUUAGACUGGGUUUUUCUGGCAAGCACGUUUCGCAUACGAUUAGAUAAGCCACGAUGCAGAUAUUCGUAAAAACCCUCACGGGUAAAACCAUUACCCUUGAGGUAGAAGCUUCAGACACUAUUGAAAAUGUGAAGGCAAAGAUCCAGGACAAGGAAGGAAUUCCUCCAGAUCAGCAACGACUUAUUUUCGCUGGGAAACAAUUAGAAGAUGGACGCACCCUCUCCGAUUACAAUAUCCAAAAAGAGUCCACCUUGCAUCUUGUACUUCGACUUCGAGGAGGUGUUAUCGAGCCUACACUUCGUAUUCUUGCACAGAAAUACAACUGUGAUAAAAUGAUUUGCCGAAAGUGUUAUGCUCGCUUACAUCCACGUGCAACCAACUGCCGCAAGAAGAAGUGUGGUCACACAAAUAACAUCCGCCCAAAAAAGAAGCUAAAGUAGACUGUUCAUUCCAGUUCUACUUGCAUAUUCUGCAGGUUUCUGUACCCCUCAAAAAUUUUAAUAAAAUACAUAUGAAA